CCAUCACCGAGACCCUCCCUUCCAGCAGCUUCGACUCUAUCCACAACAACACCACCAAGAACGGCGCUUCAUCAAUUUCCAAUCCCAUAACCACCACAUUCCGAGUCGCACAUUGUUCACGAUGGGGGAAGUACUGGCUGAGAACCCUGCGAACCAGGUCUUGCCGCACCGAAAGCAAAUGCCAUCCUCAAUACCAAAUGUCGAUUCGCUGGAAGGUCUAGGAACCGAUGGAUCUGACGAGUAUUCCACAUUAAAAAAGCUGCAGAGGCAUUUAGAGUGAGUUGGAACUGGCUGGAGCUGGUAACUCAAACUAAUAGAAUGUAGAUACAUCCAGCUACAAGAAGAAUAUAUCAAGGAUGAGCAACGGUUCGAAUGCCUGAUAUCCAUCUAACAUUCCGGCAGAUACUAAUUAUUCUCAGGAGUUUGAAAAGAGAGCUGGUCAGAGCACAGGAAGAGAUCAAGCGCAUUCAGAGUGUGCCAUUGGUAAUUGGCCAAUUUAUGGAGGCUAUCGAUCAGAAGUGAGACGACAAACAAAGCCCCCGAGCAUCCUGAAUCAACACUAACAAUUUCCUAGCACCGGCAUUGUACAAUCAUCAACAGGCUCUAAUUAUGUCGUCCGAAUACUUUCUACACUCGAUCGCGAGCUUCUUAAGCCAUCGUCAUCUGUUGCCCUCCACCGUCACUCCAACUCCCUUGUUGAUAUCCUCCCUCCAGAAGCCGAUUCCUCCAUCGCCAUGUUGGGCGCAGAUGAGAAGCCAGAUGUCACAUAUGCCGAUGUUGGUGGUUUGGACAUGCAAAAGCAGGAGAUUAGAGAAGCUGUUGAAUUGCCCUUGACGCAUUUCGACCUUUACAAACAAAUCGGUAUUGAUCCACCACGAGGUGUUCUCCUAUACGGUCCUCCCGGAACAGGAAAGACCAUGUUGGUAAAGGCAGUUGCAAACUCUACCACUGCAAGUUUUAUCCGUGUUGUUGGAUCCGAAUUCGUGCAAAAGUACUUGGGAGAAGGUCCUCGUAUGGUCCGUGAUGUUUUCAGAAUGGCCAGAGAGAACUCGCCGUCCAUCAUCUUCAUCGAUGAGAUAGAUGCCAUUGCGACCAAACGUUUCGACGCUCAGACUGGUGCAGACAGAGAAGUUCAACGUAUUCUUUUGGAACUUCUCAAUCAAAUGGAUGGAUUCGACCAAACCUCCAAUGUCAAGGUGAUCAUGGCCACCAACAGAGCCGAUACUCUUGAUCCUGCUCUUCUCCGACCUGGUCGUCUCGACAGAAAGAUCGAAUUCCCUAACCUCCGAGACCGAAGAGAGAGACGAUUGAUUUUUACCACCAUUGCCUCGAAAAUGUCCUUGUCACCCGAGGUUGACCUUGACAGUUUGAUUGUCCGAAAUGAUCCUCUAAGUGGUGCCAUUAUCGCGGCCAUCAUGCAGGAAGCUGGAUUGAGAGCGGUUAGAAAGAACCGAUAUAACAUUAUCCAAUCAGAUCUCGAGGAUGCAUACUCCAGCCAGGUGAAAGGUACACAAGAGGUAAGAGGUUUUCUCCAAAAUACCAAAUUCUUAAAAUUAGCUUCUAACAAAUUACUCAGGCGAACAAAUUCGAUUUCUACAAGUAGAGUAUUUUUGAUGCUGGUGCGGGAUUUGGAACAGGAGUUGUCAAACACGGUCGCCUUUUAAUGGGCAAGGCGACCUUGUAUUUGGAGCUCCUGGAAAAUGAAAUGGAAUGGAAUUGGCAAAAGAAAAGAGGUAAUAUUAGGGAAUGGCUAUGCCCUUACCUGUUUUUGUCAUUGGUGGUGGUGAGAAUAAGCGAGAUGCCGAACAUGUACAACAAAAGAAAUAGAGACACAAAACAUUUGUGACUACAAUUCUUCUAAUAUCGUU